CGCAUAAAUGUCAUAAAAAGUUUUUCAUUCUUUUUCAGAAUGAACCGUGGCAACCCGAAUUUGACAUCGGACCAAUUGGAUUCCCUUCGACUGGCGAUCCGGUCUCGACUCGAACAAGAAGGGGCCCAGGAUGCGAUCAGAGAAAUUGCAAAUAGAUCAAUGGAGAGACGUAGCGAUGGAGAAAUUGAACCCAGAGAAAUGCUGGAAGAUUUCAAAAAGACUGGAAUUCUGGAAACUAUUUUGGGUCAGCUGAAUGACUCGCGAAGUCACACACAGAUCAACAUCUCAGCGAUGUCUCAGGAUUUUAUAGAGAAGCAGCAGUUGACAAAGAAGUCGGGUUAUCAAAAAGCGGUUAAAACUGAAUAUGUCAAUCAGCCUUCCAUGAAUCCAUCCAAGAGGUAUCUAUAUGUUUGUCUCCAUGGAGGAAAGGCGUUCACGGGAUACUCCGAAGAAUCAAGUGCUUUUCUGGAUUCAAAGGCAACAAUUUCGGUUGCUAUCGAUUUUAGAAAGCAGAGGUCUGUAUCAAAGUCAGUGUCAUACUGUGUGGAGCCGGCUUUCGAUGACUCGUUUCUUCUCGUCUUAGCUGAUGAAAAGAAAAAUUCAGGCGGCAAAGCGGCUGAUUUGAAUAGCAUGCUAUCAAUGACUGACCCGUUGCAUGUUGUGGUCCUAAAAACAGACGCAUUUGGAGCGAAAAGUGUCAUCUCGUCUCAGUUCAUCGAGUGGAGGCAUUUAUUGCAUACAAGCGGGAUGAAAGAGAGAAAUGCACUGCCUGUUUAUGGCGUCGGGGGUGAGUCGAAAAUAGUUGCCGGGGUUCUCGAUAUAACACUAGAGGUCAUGCCAGGUUUAAGUUCGGCUCUGCAAAAGGAAGUAGUUUCGACUCAAUUUGAACUAGAGCGUAGUCGAGUUAACGAGAAAAAUAAAGGUUUCUUUAACUAUGCUAAGCAAUGGUGGAAAGAGUACCUUCAAAUCAGGCCUGAAAACAAAAAUAGACUCGUGAAAAUAUUUGCUCAAGAUGAAAACGGCACAACUCGGCCUGUUUGUUCGUUCGUGCGACCACUGAGAACCGGAAGAGUAUUAGAGUCGGCUCAACAAUGCUUGCGAUUCGUGUCGGUUCUGACAUGCGAGGAGGCUGACGAGGCACUGGGUGGGACAAACCAAACGGACUCGUGGCAAAGUCUUUUUUGCACGUUAGUGCAAAACAAGGGAAAUACAGCCGAUCAUGUUAAUCUAUUAUGCAGCUUACUGGUUGGGUUUGGUCUGAACGCAUACGUGUGUUUUGGUACAAAAUCAAAGGAACAACUGCAUUCUUGGGUUGUGGUCAUAGGUGUGGACAAUGUCGUGACGUUUUAUGAAGCAACAACCGGACAUAAAUACAUCCAUAACUAUCAUGGUCAUGAUGAUCUUGGACUGAAGAACAACCACCAGGGAAAUCAUCAAAACAUGCAUCCCUACAUGACUAUUGGAUGCGUGUACAAUAACAGGGAGUUCUAUGCGAAUGUCCAGCCUUCGGAUCGUGUAUCUAAUUGCACGUUUGACUUGCUGAAUGAUUACAACUGGAAAGCAAUGGAUAGGGAAGUUCUGGACUCCGUAUGUGGUUCAGAAUCGAAUCCGUUUUGGAGGAAUAUUCCAGUUAUCCAGACCCCCAGUCUGGAUACGACUGUCAUAGCGGAUAACCUGGAGCUAGAUCUGAUGAACAUAAUCGCAGAUCACCGAAACAGUCUCGGACUAGAUUCGGUGUUUGACGCUGGACUCGCUUACAUCUUGCAGCCAGCACUUAGUAGCUACGAACUGGAAAGAACGUUGGGAGUCUCGGUUGGGUCUGAUGAGUUCCAGAAUGCGAUUAGACAGUACAUUCCAGACGGAGAAACCUUCAAAGGGUGUCCUAUGCAGGUUGAGUCUGUAAAUGCCAAGAGAUUGUUCAACAAGUGUCUCAAAUCGCCGAGCUGCGAGGAGAUCAUCUCCUGCAGAGGUGAUUCAGUGAGACUGGCAGUCAGAGUUAAAGUGGUCGCGUUUCCAGAAAACGCAGUGUCGGUCUGGCUUAUGUUAGCCUGUAAAUACAAAUCAAUCGUGUAAAUAGAAACUAGGUUGAUCAAUUCUUGUAAAUACAUGUGGAUGUUAGUUUUACUCUGAAGGUUUGCGCAAUAAAUCUAACCAUUUGAAUAUUUUUUGAUAAA